AUGAAGCCCUCGUCUGUGAGCACUACCGAGGGAGAUGGUGCGGCCGGCGACGACGGCAAGCAAUCAGCCAAGAGAUCCGCCGUGGCCCGGCCGUCUCGGGUAGUCUGCGUGGUAUUGCUCGCCACCAUGUUCUGGGGCGUGAUAUUCCUCCUCCACGACUCCACCAGCUUGCAGCUGGGCAACGCAGCCUUCUUCUCCCACCUCAAGAUGUUCCAGUUCGGGCUGUCGUCGGACAAGUGCGCUGGCCGGUACGUGUACAUGUACGACCUGCCGGCACGGUUCAACGCUGACCUCGUCGGCGACUGCAGCGGCCCCAACGCCUCCACCGACAAGUGCAAGCAUGCGGCCAACGGAGGAUUCGGCCCGGUCAUCACGGGCGGCGGCGGCGGGGAGCUCCCUGAGAGGGGAGUCUACGACACCGACCAGUUCUCGCUGUCCAUGAUCUUCCACGCCCGGAUGAAGCAGCACGAGUGCCUGACGUCCCGCCCCGCCGCCGCCGCCGCGGUGUACAUCCCGUUCUACGCCGGGCUGGACGUGGAGAGGUACCUGGGCCAGGAGCACAACGACUCCUCGGCCAGUGACGCCCUGGCGCGUAGCCUUGUAGAGUGGCUCCUUGCGCGGCCGGAGUGGCGCGUCAUGGGUGGGCGUGACCACUUCAUGAACGUCGCGCGGGGCAGCUGGGACUUCCUGCGCACGCCCGACGUUCCAGGUCUGGGCAACUCCCUCUUGAACUACCCUGCGAUUCGCAACGUCACGGUGCUCACGUCGGAGGCCAGCCCGUGGCACGGCGUCGACUUCGCCGUGCCGUUCCCGUCGCACUUCCACGCCUCCUCCGACGCCGACGUCGCCAGCUGGCAGGGCCGCAUGCGGCGGCUGGAGCGCAAGUGGCUGUGGGGAUUCACAGGCGCGCCCCGUCCCAGCACCAAGCAGACCGUGCGCUCCCAGAUCCUGGAGCAGUGCGGCAGGUCCAGCCGGUGCGGCGUCUUCCGCAGUACUCCAAGGUACACGCCGGGCCGGACCAUGCAGCUGCUGGAGAGCGUAGAGUUCUGCAUGCAGCCGCGCGGGGACGCCUUCACGCGCAAGUCCACCUUCGACAGCAUCCUCGCCGGAUGCAUCCCGGUCUUCUUCCACCCCAUCUCCGCCUACCUCCAGUACAUCUGGCACCUGCCCAGGGACUACAGGACCUACUCGGUGUUAAUCAACCAUGGCGACGUAGAAAGCAAGAACACCAGCAUCGAAGAGGUGCUCGCCAAGAUACCGCCGGCCAAGGUGGCGCAGAUGCGGGAGCAGGUCAUCCGGCUCAUACCCAGCGUCAUGUACAGGGACCCGGCCGCCAAGGGCGUCACGUUCAGGGACGCCUUCGACAUCGCCGUCGAUGCCGUCAUCCGCCGGGUGGAGAAGCGCCGCCGGGCCGCGGCGCAAGGCCGGGAGUACCACGACAACGUCGACGGAGGCAAUAGCUGGAAGUACGAUUUGCAAGAGGAUGGAGACAAGGAUAUAAUAGGCUCACACGAGUUUGAUACAUACUUUUAG